GGCGGACUCUGAGGAACGGUCUGACACCAGAGAAGAAGCUCUUGCUUUAGGACUAACUGAUUCUCCAGAUACACAAAUGUGAUCACCUCCCCCUCCCAUCUGUCCUCAUUGCUGUGGAAUCACAGUGGCAAGGCUGCCCUCCUUCACCAAGACUUUACAUCGUUGUAUUCCACCAGUUACAUGCCCCUUUAGGUUUUUGCCAGCUGCUAAUCUUUGCCUGAUGUGUCUGAGUGAUGAAACUGCAGCCAAGAUAGUGUUUUAAUGCAACGCAAAAAAAAAAAAUCCCCCCAAAGAAGAAGGGGAAGUGAAGAAAAGAGAAUGUGUUGAAUGAGGACUGAUGUAUUCAACUUGGCACAAAGGAAAAAAAAAAAAGAAAUCAGUGAUGCUGCCUCUACACUGAGCUGAAACAUUUUUGUAUUUAUAUAAACAUACUUUAAACAUUGCAUUAGUCCCAAAGGGAUAAUUUCUGCUUUACGUUUCUGCAGCUGCGACUUCACCAUAUUUCAUUUAUUUAAGCUGUGAAUUUUGGUUUGAGUUUGUUCAUUUGUUCUCUUAUCCAGUUUCAAAGAAUUCCAAGAGAUCUCCACAAACAAAGAGGCCUACUAAGAAUCAUCCUUUGUGAAAAUGCAGAUGUUUGUUUCUGCAGCUGCACGUUUGACAAGUGGUGAGUGUAGCUGUGUUUAGUAGGAAUGUGAAAGGUUUUCAUUCUGAUGUGUGCCUUUCAUUUAAAAGGGACGUUGCUGCACCUUUUCACCAUCUCUCCCUAUUGUUUUAUUCACCUCCUACUUCUCAGAUGACUCCCAAAUGUCACAGGUGUGGUUAUACCGAGUGUUGAAUACAAUUACCUUUUGAUCUCAGUAUUUAUUUGCAAAGCUCAGACAUCUUGCACCUUAUUCAGCAUUAAUAGUCAGUCAUUGCUGAAAUGAACAACUGACGCGAAACACAAAAAGGAAGUUUUUAUCUCAGAGGAACUGUUUGUAAAGUGUAAAAAGACAAAAAGAUAAGGACGUUUUUUUGAAUUUUAAUAAUCUAUUUGAAGGAUGUGCAGAGAAUUCUGCAUAAAAUGUGUAAAUGCCCUUGUCAGCUGCCAGAUAGUGUGGCAUGUUUAGUGUGGUUCAUGUUCUGUAUUAUUUUUGUAAUUUUCUGUAGAAACUUGUAUAAUAGUCUGAGAGAAAGGAAGAAAAGAGGCUAUUCUGUGAACUGUAAUUAAAAGACAUGGAAGAUGUGGUCAGAGCUGAAAUAUGUUUUUAAAAUGUUGUUCCCUGCAGAGAGAACGUUGUGGUCAUGUUGUACUUUGUAUGGACUUGAACAUGUCGUGGAACAGUCUGGAUAAAUGCACGCUCCUCUCACAGUGCGGCAAAAACUGGGAAACAUCACUGCAUAAAUAUCGUGUAGUGAGCUGAACAUGAAACUGUGGUUAUGAACACUUUCACUUGAAAUGCUGUGUAUACACAUUCUGCAAUAAAAAAAACAAAAAACAAAACCCACUGAGUGAAAAAGUGGGUGUGCAUGUCAUUCUUCCUUACUGCUUUCACUUCUGAACACACAGUACACCACGUGGGUGUGCUACUGAUCAACCUUUGGAUUGAUGAGGCGCCAUAAACCACACAACCGCUGCUCACUUCACUCCUGCAGUUCAGUGUUUAGUCUUUUCACUUUGUCUCAUUGACCUGGCUUCUGUCUGCACGGGCCUGUGUCCAUGGCCAAGUCGAUGAGUCUGCUGUGGGGGGCUGGAUCCCCCCCAUGCUGGCGAGUUAUGAUCACACUGGAGGAGAAGAAGCUGCAGGGAUACAAACACAAGCUGCUGUCGUUCGAGAAAGGAGAGCACAAAUCACAGGAAGUCCUGGAAAUCAACCCGAGAGGACAGCUCCCUGCCUUCAAACAUGGAGAUUACAUCCUCAAUGAGUCCACUGGAGCAUGUUUAUACCUGGAGAAUCAGUUUAAGUCCCAGGGCAACAAACUGAUCCCAGACAGUCCUGCAGAACAAGCACUAAUGUACCAACGCAUGAUGGAGGGUCUCACCCUCACUGAUAAACUUAAUUCAGUCAUCUACUACGAAUGGUUUGUCCCUGAAGACGAGAGACAUGAUUCUGCUGUGAAGAGAAACAGGGAGGCUCUGGCAGCUGAACUCAAACUCUGGGAGGGUUACCUACAGACGGUGGCUGCUGGUUCAUACCUGGCCGGGGCCUUCUCAUUGGCUGAUGCCAUCGUCUUUCCAAACAUUGCUUAUGCUUUCCGUUUCGGGCUGUCUGUUGGACAUUACCCCAAACUGGCCAAAUAUUACAGCCUGCUGAGGAACAGACCCAGCAUUAAAGCCACCUGGCCCCCGCACUGGCUGGCCAGCCCACAGGGUUUUGACAUCCUGAAGGACCUGUGAAGCACACAAUAGUUAAUAGUGAAUAAAAACAUUAUUCAGAAACAA